GUUUACAAUUUCUUGUUCUAGGGUUUCUAAUUAGAAUCCAAAGCUUUGAGAUUGGGUGCAACAGAGCCAAAGCAAUCGAUCACCCGCUUCAAUUUUCGGUCUCUCCCUUUUACCGUAAAGCACACGAUAAAUUUCCUCGAGUGAUUUUUCGAGAAUGUCUCGGGUUUAUAUCGGGAAUUUGGACCCUCGGGUCACUGAGAGGGAUCUCGAAGACGAGUUUAGAAUUUUCGGCGUUCUCCGCAACGUUUGGGUAGCUCGAAGGCCACCAGGAUAUGCGUUUAUUGAGUUUGAUGACCGCAGGGAUGCUUUGGAUGCAAUCCGUGAGCUGGAUGGCAAGAAUGGUUGGCGUGUGGAACUUUCUCAUAACUAUAAAGGCAGUGGAGGCCGUGGUGGGCGUCGUGGUGGGGCUGAGGAUUUGAAGUGUUAUGAGUGUGGUGAACCUGGUCACUUUGCUCGUGAAUGUCGCUCGCGUGGCUCACGGGGCAUGGGGAAUGGGCGACGUCGGAGCUCCAGUCCUCGUCGCCGUAGGAGUCCAAGUUAUGGAUAUGGUCGCAGGAGCUACAGUCCACAUGGGAAAAUAUCUCCUCGGCACCGCAGCAUAUCACCUCGUCGUGGUCGCAACUAUAGCAGGUCGCCUCCAUAUCGUCAUGCUCGUCGUGAUUCACCUUAUGCUAAUGGAGAUUAAAGUGGGACCUGAAUUGAGGAAAUCUGGAUUGAUAUCUAGGGGGAAAUUAUGUACUACUGUAAUAUUAUUAGUUUCUGUGAGCAAAAGAGAUUUAUGUUAUGUUCGUUUCAUGACAAUGGGGUCGUUAGAACUUAUGGUUUUGCGUGGCUUCCACUCUGCAAAGUGUUUCAGCCACCAAAAUGGGUGUCUUGUACACCAUUCUGUGAUGGCUUGCUGUAAGCAGCACAUGAAACUGGGAAGUCCCUUUCUUGCUUCACAUUAUCUGCUUCUAUUUUUCUGUUGCCUUUUUAUGUUAACUUGGUUAUUAUGGUAAGUUUGUCUUUUUGUGAUAGAUAAUUCUAAAGGAUUUUUAUGUUUUUUUGGUUUGUGAUUUUGAAGUAAAACAGCGUCCAUUAGCCUCUUUACUGCAUCUUACUGCACAUGGUUUCCUCACUAUUGCUUCUCUGCACCACCUCUUCUACUCGACGUCGCUCCUGCAUGUUGUAGAAGCUUGAGUUACAUGUUGAAUUCGCUAGUAAUAACAAACAGAUUUUGGUUGCGACCUAGUUUGUGGU